CUUUCAUGAGCGCUCGGCCUGCUUCUGCUAGCCGCUUCAUCGUAUCUAAAGAAAACACCAGUGGCCAAACAACAGCGAUGCCGAUGAAAGUGUGAGCGAGAACCGCAGGUUGCUGCAAAAAGCUCGCCAUGUCUUGCGACUAUGCAAGCGGGCUGUCCGAGUACGCCGACAAAGGCAUCUGCGGCCAGCCCGAGCAUUUCGACGAGCCGUCGCUGCUCGAAGACAAGAUCGCACGACUCGCCGACUGGAUGCAAGCCUCCAAGCACAUCGUAGUGAUCACCGGCGCCGGCAUCAGCACGUCGGCCGGGAUCCCCGACUUCCGCGGUCCGCGUGGAGUCUGGACUCUGGAGCAGCAGGGUGAGAAGCCGCAGGUCAACAUCUCGUUCGACGACGCGGUACCGACUUCCACGCACAUGGCGCUGGUUGAGCUGGCGCGCAGCUCGCAUCUCAAAUUCCUCGUCAGCCAGAACGUCGACGGCUUGCACCUGAAGUCGGGCUUCCCGAUGGACAUCCUCACGGACUUGCACGGAAACAUGUUUCUGGACCGAUGCAACCAGUGCGGCCGGCAGUUCGUGAGGACCACGGCGACCAAGUCGGUCGGCCAGAAGCCCACCGGCGAGUCGUGUCCCGUGCCGAAGAAGAACGGCCGGCUGUGCCGCGGUCAUUUGCACGAUUCCAUCCUGGACUGGGAGCACGAGCUGCCCGAGGACGGGAUCGAGGCGGCCGACCUGCACUGCAGGGCCGCCGACCUCAUCCUGUGCCUCGGCUCAACGCUGCAGAUCGUGCCGUGCGGCGCGCUGCCCCUCCUGGCCAAGAAGACGGGAGGCAAGAUCGUCAUCUGCAACCUGCAGCCGACCAAGAUCGACAAGUCGGCCAACUUGAUUCUGCGCGCCUACGUUGACGACGUCAUGGAAAAGCUGAUGAAGCGCCUAGGAAUCGCGAUACCGACCUACUCUGCCGAAUGCGACCCCACCAAAAUCAAACGCGAAGCCCCUAUGGAGUAUCCAAAGUUGAGACUGCCGGACGCCAAGGCGCCUGCACCUCGCAAGUACAAAAAGAAACCCCGGAAGAGAGAAAGUAGUACCUCGCCGGACGACGCGACCGCGCGGAAAGCGAUCAAAAAAGAACGUCGUCUGUCGUCAACCGAUGCAACCGGUUGACAGACGACGUGCUAGAGAAUCUUACGUUUUGCAGCUUAGCAACGCCUCGUGUUAGUCGUGCAGGUGUCAAUUGUUUACGUAUACAUCGUGAUUGUGAUGUGAUAUGAGGUGGUGUUCGGGGCCACCUCUUUUAACUUCCCUCACGCGUUUAUGCUUCUCCAAACAAACGCCAAGCUUGUGACAUGCUCGUGGUAUUUAUAGCUCAGUCUUACCUCGACAUCUUCCACUUUUCGCUGCCUAUUGUGCAUCACACCUGUUAUCGUUGUUUUGCCAAAAUGUACUAUCCAUGCUGCAUGCAGAGCUAACAAAUUUAAGCUUUUAUGCAUUCAUGUUUCAUGAUAUUGAGUGAUGAAUCUUUUUUAAUUCCUAAAGAAUGAAGUAGCCAAACUGUCGUGUAGCUGGGCAUAAUCCCGUAAUUACACGAUUCUUGAUCACAGCAGUUAGUUUGACACCUGUUUAUACAACAUCUUUCACAGAUUAUGAGCUUGGAAUAGAAAAUGUUGCACACCUUUCUGCACAAAUGUUGUGUUUGAAAGUACGCACUCAGUGGUGAGGCAUUAAUGUAAAAUGCCUUUUGGACAAGCUGUACACUUAAACAUCAUUUUCAUUUAAAUCCACUGCUCAUUCACUGCUGUAUGUAGAGUAAAAGCAUUGUCUAGUGAAACAAACUGCAUUUCAGCAUUUUUCAUGGCUUCAUGCAACACCUUCCAAAUUGACCUGCAUAGUCAUAGCCGAAUAGCCGAAUAUGAUGUGUGCUGCUCAACAAGUAAUACUUGAAUUUCUUUUCUUUCUUUUUGUCAUGAAAAUUAUUUGUAGAAUAUGUGCAAUGGAAAUGGUUUUUUUGUUAUUAUACUUUUGUCCACUGUAUAUUGUUACAAAUAAUUUGCUGCUGUAAUAGCUUAUGAGCAUUUAUGUGACCCAUUUAUGUCACAUUAUUUAUAGAUGCACAUCUGUAAAUUUGUGUAUACUCAUCUUGCUUCAAUGACAGUCCAUAAUGCUGCAUCUAGCCGAGAGCAAAUGACCACCAGAGUCCACUGAAGCCCAUUAAAACACCGUUUGUCAUGUGCCGGGGAAAAAGGUGUUUCCAAGGGUCAAAUUAAGAACACCACAUGUUGAAGAAGUAGAGUAAAAGAAAGAACAGAAUGAAAAGAAAGCACUGCUUGUGAGAGGCUGCCUUAUGGAAUGAGGUGAUGCAUGUGAUCCGAAUAACUUGACAAACGCUUCUUUUGUCAAUGCACUAUCCAGGACAGCUGGGCAUCCUUGUGGUGGCUGCUGCGUGAAAACUCUCAGCUCUUGUGAAGCAAUGCAUAUUUUUUAUAUCCCCAUUAUGAUCUGCUCUUUGCUUAUGAAGAAAUAGAAUUAUCAUGACCCAG